GGAAAAAGAGGGGCAGUUCCAGCCUGCGAAGGAAUAGAGGGACUGGUCUGGUGCUCAGCCUUCCAGCCCGGGAUGCAGGAGCCGUCCUGAUACCCACAGCUCCGCAGCCGAGUCCUCUGUCUGACAUUUCGGAGGCUUUCCAGAGGCAGUUUUUGAUGACCUCGUUUCCCAGGCAUCUAAAUAUCCAGAAGAGCUGCUGAGAUGUUCCGAGAAGCCUUUUUCUGCACUUUCCUUUGUGUGGCACUAGUUCCUCUGCAUGCUCAGUUUGAUGUGGAUCCUGGAGAAGUCACUCCUACCUCCUGUGCAGAAAAGAGGAACUGCCCCAUCAAUGUGUACUUCAUCAUCGACACCUCGGAGAGCGUUGCUCUGCAGACCGUGCCUAUCCAGAGCCUUGUGGAUCAAAUAAAGCAGUUCAUCCCUCGGUUCAUUGAUAAACUGGAGAGCGAGCUCUACCAGAACCAGGUCUACAUCACUUGGCAGUUUGGUGGGCUUCACUACUCAGAUGUGGUGGAAGUUUACAGCCCGUUAACGAGCAGCAAAGACAUACACAACCCCCGGCUUUCUGCCAUUAACUACCUUGGCCGGGGCACCUUCACAGACUGUGCCAUCUCCAACAUGACAGAGCAGAUCCAGACCCAGAUGGCCUCGGGUGUGAACUUUGCGAUAGUUAUCACUGAUGGCCAUGUGACGGGCAGCCCCUGCGGGGGGAUGAAGGUGCAGGCUGAGAGGGCGCGAGACAUGGGGAUCAAGCUCUUCGCAGUGGCCCCCAGCCAGAACGUCUACGAGCAGGGCCUGCGGGAGAUCGCCAACCUGCCGCACGAGCUCUACCGCAACAACUACGCCAUCACGCAGAAGGACACCCUGGACAUCGACGAGAGCACCAUCGACAGGAUAAUCCAAGCUAUGAAACAUGAAGCCUACGGAGAGUGCUACAAGAUGAGCUGUCUGGAGAUUGCAGGUCCACCUGGUCCCAAGGGAUACCGAGGGCAGAAGGGUGCAAAGGGAAACAUGGGUGAGCCAGGUUCUCCUGGGCUGAAGGGACGACAGGGUGACCCAGGUAUCGAAGGGCCGAUCGGGUACCCUGGUCCCAAGGGUGUCCCAGGGCUGAAAGGAGAGAAGGGCGAGAUUGGAUCUGACGGACGGAGGGGAGCCCCUGGUUUGGCAGGCAGGAACGGCACCGAUGGACAGAAGGGCAAGCUGGGGAGGAUUGGACCACCCGGCUGCAAGGGAGACCCUGGUGACAAGGGCCCUGAGGGCUACCCAGGAGAUGCAGGAGACCAAGGUGAAAGAGGAGAUGAAGGCAUAAAGGGAGACCCUGGCCGGCCCGGUCGCAGUGGACCCCCAGGACCUCCAGGAGAAAAAGGAAGCCCGGGACUUCCAGGCAACCCUGGAGCUCAAGGACCUGCUGGAAUUAAGGGAAGAAGAGGUGAACAGGGAGGUCCGGGACCCAAAGGAGAGCCUGGUCGGCGUGGAGAUCCAGGGACAAAAGGCAGCAAAGGCAGUCCUGGGACCAAAGGAGAAAGGGGAGAUCCUGGUCCAGAGGGUCCUCGUGGUCUGCCCGGUGAGGUUGGAAGCAAGGGAGCAAGGGGAGACCAAGGACUGCCCGGACCCCGAGGCCCUUCAGGUGCUGUGGGAGAGCCAGGCAACAUAGGAUCACGAGGGGACCCUGGAGACUUGGGCCCAAGAGGUGACGCUGGACCACCAGGACCAAAGGGCGACAGAGGCAGACCUGGCUUUAGCUACCCUGGACCUCGAGGGCCGCAGGGUGACAAGGGUGAGAAGGGGCAGCCGGGACCCAAGGGAGUAAGAGGCGAGCUUGGACUAAAAGGAGUGCAAGGGACCAAAGGAGAGAAGGGGGAACCGGGUGAUCCUGGCCCAGGAGGUGAGCCUGGACCCCGUGGUCCAACUGGUGAACCAGGCCCUGAGGGGACGCCCGGCCCACCAGGAGAUCCUGGCCUGACUGACUGCGAUGUGAUGACCUACGUGCGAGAGACAUGUGGAUGCUGUGACUGUGAGAAGCGCUGUGGUGCCCUGGACAUCAUGUUCGUCAUAGACAGCUCAGAGAGCAUUGGCUACACCAACUUCACCCUGGAGAAGAAUUUUGUGGUCAACGUGGUCAGCCGGCUGGGCUCUAUUGCCAAGGACCCCAAGUCUCAGACAGGUGCCCGUGUUGGGGUGGUGCAGUACAGUCACGAGGGGACCUUCGAAGCCAUCAAGCUUGAUGAUGAGCGCAUUGAUUCGCUGUCAAGCUUCAAGGAAGCAGUGAAGCGCCUGGAGUGGAUUGCUGGAGGCACCUGGACACCCUCUGCCCUUCAGUUUGCCUACAACAAGCUCAUCAAGGAAAGCAGGCGAGAGAAAGCCCAAGUGUUUGCUGUGGUGAUCACAGAUGGUCGCUACGACCCCCGGGACGAUGACAAGAACUUAGGGGCUCUUUGUGGAAGAGAUGUGGUCGUCAACACCAUUGGCAUUGGAGACAUGUUUGAUCAGCCAGAACAAAGUGAGACCCUGGUCUCCAUUGCCUGCAAUGAACCCCAGCGAGUCCAGAAGAUGAGGCUCUUCUCAGACUUGGUGGCAGAGGAAUUCAUCGACAAGAUGGAGGACGUGCUCUGCCCAGAUCCACAGAUCAUCUGUCCGGAGCUGCCCUGUCAAACAGAUGACAGGAACCCUGGGAACGUAAACCCACUUAUUUUCCGCCCCAUGGAAGAGGGGGUCAACAUAGAUUUUCCCAGCACCAUACAUUCGAUCGCCCAGUUCCUAAACUCCACGCGGGAAACCCAGGACCCCAGCAUGUACACCCAGCUGGUGGCCACCUUGGCCUUUACCGCCGAAAAAGCCAAGUUUGCCACUGGAAAUGAGCGGCAAGAGUGGAUGGACCUAUUCAUUGACACCUUCAAAAUGGUGCACAACGAGAUUGUGGGGGACCCAGAAACCGUGCUAGGGCUUUGCUGACAUCUUACAGAUCAUGAAGAGGCAGAGGUUGAGUGGAGGUGGCAAUGGUGUUUCCUCCAGUGCUUGUUUGGCAGAGGGGAGGGGUACAUUGAUAGAUGCUUUUAGUUUAGGAGAAACCCAGGCAGUGGAACAGCUUGAUUGUGCUCAGUCAGGGACAGGACACCAGUCCUGGCUGGCUGAUGAGUUUGGCAGCUUUCUCCAACAUCAAGAGAUGCUUUUGCUUUGCCCACUGCUUUUCUGCAGAGGAGCUUCAUUGCCUCAUCCCCUGAUCCAGCCGUGCCGCUCCCCUCCAGCGCUCUUGCGCUCUCACCCUGCCCCACAGCCACACGGCCCCAGCCCGCAGCAAAGGAGGCCACCAGCCCGUGUGUGGCGAGGGCCGGAGCUAGCACCUCGCUUGCAGAGAGCCUAACAAUGCCUUUCCUACGCCUUUCUACGCGUGGAUGUGCUGACCUUUUCCGAAGCACCUCUCGCUGUGAGGACUCUCUUCGGGUCCUGCAAACCAUCCAUUGGCAAGACUCACAAAGCAAGGUGUGUCAGCCUGUGUCUCUGAGCAACCGUUCCAUGGGCAGCUGAGCGUGUUGAGGGGAAGGAGGAAGUAGUGUGGGAGAGGGGGCAUCCCUGGCUUUCCAUUGAGAGCAUGAAACCUGGGGAGUGCUUCUCUCAGAAGCUGUAUGAGCUCCCUCUGCCUUUUCAUCUGCUUGUACAUUUGUGUUUCCUCCAUCUUCAUUAGUAACAUGUACCUGUUCAUAGCCAAGAGUUGAAGGCUACGUAGAGCCAGGCAGUCCAAAGCAACCAACAACUGAGGUCAAACCUCUGUGAUGCAUCACGUGAACUAUUUAAAAGCAAGUGUUUAAAUUCAAUGUAGUAUCCAUACCCAGUGAUACUUCAGUUCAGAGGGACUACAGACCCAUCAUUUGCACUGUGGGUACAUGCGUUUUAGACAAGGAGUGAUGUUCCUAUGAGCUCAGCUUUCACAAAAUGUCAGGCAGAUGACUGCCAUUCCUGCCUCCAGCAUCACUGCUGCCCUCUCAAGCAUGAGAAAAGAAAAUGGCAUUUCAUGUACAGACACAAGAGUAGAAGUCUUUACUGCCAGCAAGUGAAUUUUGCAGCCUCUCUAAAUGACGUGGUAUUAUUGCAAUAAAGUAUAUUGAGCAAAUGUCAUACUUAAUGGGCAGAAGGGAGAUGUACAAUCUUCAGAAGUGUGGUUGGGAUGUAACGUUUCCAGGUGUGCAAAGCCGAGCCAGUUGCCAAGCUCAGGCAUGGGAACUGCACUGCAGAAACUUGCCCACUUUGAAGCUCUGCUUCAGCAUCUGGGGCUUGCUCAUCUAGGCUAGAAGCUAUCCAGCAGCAGGCACACGGGGAGAUGCCUGUGUCACUCAGCACACGAGUAGAUCGGACAUGCUGCAAAAAAUAGUUUUUCUCCCACUGUUUCAUCACUUUUUGCUCCCACUAUACAGAGUAGGGAGCUCAGAGAACUCUGCUGUUGCCAUAUUAUAGAGGGAAAAGAGUUCAGAGAACUUUAUGUAGCAUGCUCUGUGUUUUAGGUGAAGGCAAAAGGAUCAGCCUGUGUCCAAGGCCAUAUGCUGGUCGUAGUCCAUGUACUCCAGAGAGCCUGUGCAAAGCCAAGCUCCCUACUCGGUUUUGAUUUUCACCCCCAAAGUCGCAUGUGACUUAGCCUGAUGCUGUGCAAGUGAGAGGACUAGACUC